AUGUAUACUACAAAAAGCGUAGUGAAGAAAGAAUGUCUACUACAAGCUUAAGUUCUCCAAUAUUUUUACUAAUAUUUUUGCUUCUUCUCUUCCUCCUCUACUUCUCCACACUAAAUUAUAAUAAUUCCAUCAUCACAUUUUCAUCUCAUCCCACAAACAAUCAAUUACAAGCACCCUUCACUGCUGUUACUCAUCAUGUUAAUAAGAGAAAGAGUGGUGUAGAAAAAAUUGAAGAAGAUUUAGGAAGAGCAAGAGCAGCUAUAUGGAGAGCUAUUCGUUCAAGAAACUAUACUUCUUAUAAAGAAGAUCAAAAUUUUAUUCCAAGUGGAUCUAUAUAUAGAAAUUCAUUUGCCUUUCACCAGAGUUAUAUAGAGAUGAUGAAGAGAUUUAAGGUUUGGACAUACAAAGAAGGGGAUUUGCCUAUGGUACAUAAUGGACCAAUGAAAGAGGUAUAUGCAAUAGAAGGUCACUUUAUUAGUGAAAUGGAGAGUCAUAAUAAAGGGGAAAAAAAACUACCUUUUUUGGCUUCCAAUCCUGAUGAAGCUCAUGCAUUUUUUUUACCAAUAAGUGUAGCAUAUAUUGUUCGAUAUCUUUUUGUUCAAGGCACAAAUCAUAUUUUCAGAGGAAAAUUACAAAGGGUUGUUGAGGAUUACAUUCAUAUAAUCUCUAACAAGUAUCCUUAUUGGAAUAGAAGCAAUGGUGCUGAUCAUUUCCUUGUUUCUUGCCAUGACUGGGCACCAGAAAUCUCUGAUGGAAAUCCAGAACUCUUCAAAAACUUCAUCAGAGUGUUAUGCAAUGCCAAUACCUCAGAAGGAUUUGAACCAAAAAGAGACAUUUCAUUGCCUGAGGUCUAUGGAUUAGCCAACACUCUUAGUCUUGCACCACCAGACCUAGGAUUACACCCGAAAAAUCGCCCUAUUCUCGCCUUCUUUGCUGGUGGAUCACAUGGAUACAUUAGACAAAGGUUACUUCAACAUUGGAAAGGUAUAGAUGACGAUAUUCGAGUAUACGAGUACCUUCCGAAGGGUGAAAACUACACAUAUUUAAUGGGACAGAGCAAGUUCUGUUUAGCUCCUAGUGGAUAUGAAGUUGCAAGUCCAAGAAUUACUGAAGCAAUCUAUGCAGGAUGUGUUCCUGUUAUAAUUUCGGACAAUUAUUCGUUGCCAUUUAGUGAUGUUCUUGAUUGGAGUCAAUUUUCGUUGAGUGUUCAAGUUAACAAAAUCGAAGAAUUGAAGACAAUCUUACAAGGAGUUUCUCGAGGUAAGUACUUGAAAAUGCAGAAAAGAGUAAGGAGAUUGCAAAGGCAUUUUAAGUUGCAUAGGCCUUCUCAGCCCUUUGAUGUAAUCUAUACACUACUUCACUCUGUGUGGUUAAGGAGACUUAAUCUUAGAUUGACUACUAAUUGAACAAAAAUUUGAGCUGAAAGUAUCUCAUCACGUGUUUAAAUGCUCAAUUAGAAUUUGUCAUAAUUUGAGUGUCUGAAUGAAAUUUCAUGACACUUUAAGCGGCUAUGUAUGCAUGUAUCAUGACAAAAUUUUAUUGUAGUCUUUAGACAUAUGUAACUUGUAUCUUAUGAAAUGUAUGGACAUAGAAAAUUGAUCAUGUCAUUCAAUUGAA